UUGAAUAUUCAAAAAAGCACCGGCCGCACCGCACCGUGAGUUCACAUCUCAAUCCCACUAUUGUACGAAGUUACGUACUGUGAUAACGCUCUCUCUGCACUUCGACCAGUACCAGGUAGCAAACAAUAAGUUGACCAGGAAAGCAUUAGACUAGUGUAUGCACAACAAGGCAACAAAGACAAGCUAUCUUUACUCACAGAUCAAUACUAGAAUCCUACUGCUUCGACUCGAUGUCUUAUACCACUCCUUCGAAAAAGCGAGGCGGUGUCGAGACCGUCUCACACACUCAUUUUAUUUUUCCUGUCCUGAAAAACGCAGAAAUUCUCCAAUGCCUGGACGAGCUGGGAAUAGAGGUGUGCAAGACUGAACUUGCCGAGCCACAACGCCACAGAGAGAAGGUUCGMAAGAUAUUCUGGCAACUCCUUGAACAUUGCUGYGGGAUCACCGAAGAUGACAUCGAUAAGCUAUGCCCAAAGAAUCUCGAUCAAUACGUUCCUCCUGCAGAAGCUGAGCUUCACGAUAAUUUCGUCGACAUGCUGUUCUUUAAGAAAAUGCGCAAAAUGAUGGAAACAUGUGGGAUUGUUGAUUUCUCUUGGAAGGAUAUCCAUGUCCCGACAUCGAAACGUCUUCGCUGUCAACUUUCUGCAGUUAUAAAUAUGGCUAAGUUUCGCGAAGAGCAACUCAAAAUUUACGCCGAAUUGAAUGAGCCUCGCCAUCAGCUCUUAGUAACACUUGAAGAACUUCACGCAGAGAACGUCCAGCUCCAAGAACAAUUAAAUAUUGUAUUGGCUGAAUCAAGUCAGCAGAUGGAUGAAUUUGACAUGGUAGCGAAGGAAUGUCAAGAGUUAGAAUCGGAAAUAGCCAGCAGUAACAAGCUUCAAGCUAGUAAGAGAGAAGAAGCAUCAAAAUUGAAGAUAGAAAUGACGAGAUUGAAGGAUGAACUAGCAGCAGCAACGUGGUCUCUUCAAGAGUCGCAAGCUGAAGAAGAACGAUUGCUAGGCCAAGUUGUAUCCUCGCCUACUCGCCGCAAAARAGAAUUGGAUACRAAAAAGGACGCAUUGGAAAAGGAAAAAGCGGAAACACGGCGAUUACAACAGGAGAUUACUGACGGGAAGACAAAGAUAGCUGCUUUACAGCAAGCCACUAAGGACCUUCAGGAAACUAUAGCGUUGCAACGUAACAUUUUGGAGGAGUCAUCGAAAUACGAAGAAGCCGCAGGUAAGCUCGAGGAUGCUGAGAAGGAAGUCGAGGCGAAUCAAGAAAAAGCGUCAGAAUUAGAAGAAAAGACACAAGACUCAGAGCGAAGCCUCGCCCGAAUGGAAGAAAAAGUGGUACACAUGCACAGACAAUCAAAAAUGAAACUAGAUGCAGCUCAAGACAACAUAGAGAUCGCAAAGGAACAAUUACUCAUUGUAGAACGAGAUCGUCGUGAAGGCUUAGCACGAGUAGAAGCUGGAGAAGCAGAAGUUCGGUCUAUCAAGGCACAGAUGGAAUCAGAGCAGAAAAAGACAGAAGAAGAGAUCGCCGCCAUUGUGGAAGAAUACAAGACUCUCGAAAAGUCGUUCCUCAAACGCAAUGAACAAAGAAURWUAUUGAUCGAUUCGGCAAUGUAAGAACUCCAACUAUAUCAAACGGGGAAACUUAUGGUACGAAGCAAAAUGUGGUUGUUUCGAAAUGUUGUAAUAAUGCAGUGCACAUUUA